UUGCAACGCCAAUAUGGGAUGAAUAAGGCCAGCCACAUGUUCUGGUGGUGUUCACCAGCUCUCACAGGCACCGAGUUUCUCCUCCAAUCCAUCUCUGGGCUAAGAUAUGAAGAGAGUUUAGAAGCCUAGGCCAUUCAUACCUGCUCUAACUCUGCUUUGCCAUCUUUUUGAUGAGUAGAGGCUCUCUGUCUCGGCCCUCCUGCCGGUUGAGGCCGGCAGAGUGAUGAGUGAACGGAGUCAUGCUUGUGAGAUUAGGCUUCGUGGUUGUAGCCUCCGUCGCAGCUUUAACUCUUAAGAGAGCAAACAGUGGGGGCAGACGUAAUAAAGACAAUGGCCAAGCAAAGAAAAGGAAGGACAAAACUCGCCAUUCUGAACAGGGGGAGAAAGAAGAAGAGAAGGAGGAGGUUAAAACAAUCAGCGGCAUAAUCAAUUCGGCUCGGUCGAUAGACGACGAUGACGAUGAUAUGCUUUCGGAGAUUGAGAGCCUCCUGUCAGGAGAGAUCGACAUCCCUUUGCCAAGUGAUAGGUUUGAUAUCAAAGGACGGUCCCAUUACAAUGCUCAGAUGGCUAACAACGCCUCUGAGGUAGACAGGCUGCGCAGCCUGGUGAGGGAGAUGGAGGACAGGGAGGUGAAGCUCGAAAGCGAGCUGUUAGAGUACUACGGCAUGAAGGAGAUGGAGACUGACGUCACUGAACUGCAAAAGCAGCUCAAGAUCAAAAUAGUAGAGAUCAACAUGCUCAACAACACCAUCAACUCGCUGCAGGCAGAGCGGAAGAAGUUGCAGGAUGACGUUGCACGUGGAGUGGCAAUCAAGAAAGAGCUUGAAGUGGCUAGGAGCAAGAUUAAGGAGUUGCAGCGGCAGAUACAGCUGGAGGCUGGCCAGACAAAAGGUCAGCUGAUGCUACUGAAACAGCAGGUCAUAGGAUUGAAGGCCAAGGAGGAAGAGGCGGCCAAAAAAGAAGCUGAGGUCGAGCGAAAGCUGAAGAAGCUUAAGGAGUUGGAAGUGGAGGUAGUUGAGCUGAGGAGGAAGAACAAGGAGCUGUUGUAUGAGAAGAGAGAUCUCUUGGUGAAGUUGGAUGCAGCGGAAGGCAAAAUAACAGAGAGUGAUGUAGUUGCCCACGCAAGAGAAGAGAUAAACAAGCUGAGGCAUACAAAUGAGGACCUUACAAAGCAAGUGGAAGGCCUGCAGAUGAACAGGUUCAGUGAAGUCGAGGAGCUGGUUUACCUGCGUUGGGUCAAUGCUUGUCUGAGAUUCGAGCUCCGGAACUACCAGACACCAUCAGGGAAAGUCUCUGCCCGUGACCUUAACAGGACCCUGAGCCCGAAGUCACAGGAGAGGGCCAAACAGUUGAUGUUGGAGUAUGCAGGAUCUGAACGAGGUCAGGGUGACACUGACCUUGAGAGUGCUUCCUCUAUGCCUUCUUCACCCGGAAGCGAAGACUUUGACAACAUUUCAAUUGACAGUUCUUCCAGCAGAUACAGCUUCCUAAGCAAAAGGCCUAAUCUGAUGCUAAAGCUCAAGAAGUGGGGAAGGAGCAAGGAUGACAGCAGCAGUUUAGCUUCCCCAACACGCUCCCUGACCAGUGGCUCUCCAAGGAGGCAAAGUACCAACCACAAACCAAAGGGUCCCCUGGAAGCUCUCAUGCUAAAAAAUGCAGGAGAUGGUAUAGCCAUAACGACAUUUGGAAAGAGGGAACAUGAUCCCAAUGACGCCUUGGAUGAGGCAAAUGUUGCAUCCUCAUUCCAUCUGAUGUCAAAGACUGUCGAAGGUUUUGCUGGUGAGAAGUAUCCCGUUUACAAAGAUAGGCACAAGCUUGCAACUGAACGGGAGAAGGCGAUAAAAGAGAAGGCUGGGCAAGUAAGAGCGCAAAGAUUUGGUGGUGGACAUAGUUCAGCUCUUGUUUCCCCUCCAAAAGGUGCACUCCCUCCAAAACUCUCUCAGAUUAAGGAGAGGGCCCCUGCAGCUAAUGCUGAACCCAGUGAGCAAUCUAGUGACAACCAGAACAACACCCUGGUGGUGAGCCAGUUGAAGCUUGCCAACAUUGAGAAGAGGGCUCCAAGAGUUCCCAGGCCACCUCCCGCGCCAUCAGCCACUGCUGCUUCAGGGGCUACGAAUACUGCAAGUGGAGUACCACCGCCACGUCCACCUGGUGCGCCUCCUCCACCACCGCCUCCUGGGAAACCUGGCGGCCCACCACCGCCACCACCACCUCCAGGUUCUCUAUCCAGGAGCCUUGCUGGUGGUGACAAGGUACACCGUGCGCCGGAGAUCGUGGAGUUCUAUCAAAGUCUCAUGAAGCGUGAAGCCAAGAAAGAGACAUCUCUGGGAUCAACAUCAUCCAGUAUUUCUGAUGUCAAGAGUAAUAUGAUCGGAGAGAUUGAGAACAGAUCAACAUUCCUCUUAGCUGUCAAAGCUGAUGUGGAAACACAAGGAGAAUUUGUUGAGUCUCUAGCAAAUGAGGUCCGAGCAGCGAGUUAUGCAAAGAUAGAUGAUGUCGUUGCAUUUGCAAAUUGGCUGGAUGAGGAGUUGUCAUUCUUGGUUGAUGAGCGAGCAGUGCUGAAGCACUUCGAUUGGCCAGAGAGCAAAACUGAUGCAUUAAGAGAAGCAGCCUUUGAGUACCAAGACCUGUUGAAGUUAGAGAACAAGGUUUCAACCUUUACCGAUGAUCCAAAACUUGCAUGUGAAGAAGCUCUCAAGAAGAUGUAUUCAUUGCUUGAAAAAGUGGAGCAGAGUGUUUAUGCACUACUCCGUACUAGAGACAUGGCCGUCUCACGCUACAAGGAGUAUGGGAUCCCAGUUGACUGGCUGUCUGAUUCUGGAGUAGUUGGCAAGAUCAAAUUGGCAUCUGUUCAGCUUGCAAACAAGUAUAUGAAGAGGGUUGCCUCAGAACUUGAUGCAUUGCAAGGAACCGAGAAAGAGCCCAAUAGAGAGUUUUUGCUUCUACAGGGUGUGAGGUUCGCUUUCCGAGUUCAUCAGUUUGCUGGAGGCUUCGAUGCAGAAAGCAUGAAAGCUUUUGAAGAGCUAAGAAGCAAGAUGACUACACAAACAUCUGCCUCACAAAUGUCUGAAGCAUAAGUCAAACACAGGAUUCGGCACGUCUUGUUGGUUGGAAAUUAAUUGUUAGUUGAGUAGCUUAAGUGUACAAAAGAAAAGUGUAAAUUUCAGGGUUGUAUCAAGCAAGUUGUAUAUGCCAAGAAGAGAUUACAAGUCUUCAGGUUUUGUUCAUACGUAUACCAGUUUUAGUGCAAGCGUGUACCUCUGCAUUUAAAGGUUGUAAAAUGUAGACGAGCAGUUCGUAUAAAUGAAUCGCAUCAGAUGCAUAGUUUUGUACUA